GCACAUUUUUCUGCUUGUUGUGUUUAAGCGCAAAUGAACAAAUCAGCCUAAAUUCAAUCAUAUGGUUUUUGAGUGUGUGUUGCUUUUUAUUUGUAUGCAACUUAACAGAUUUUUUAUAAAUUGAAUGGACAUUUCCACAUUUGAUCCUUGUAGGAAUAUACCAUCUUCAUCCCCAAACGCAUUUGUGUAGUAGGUUUAAAAGUAGAGUUUUUAUACCUGGUCAGUGUUCUUAUGGUGUCAAUCUGACGAGGCUAAGUUGUGUUUACAUAAAAAACACUACUUUAGGUCAUCAUGAUCCUUCAUUGCUGACCUUACUUUAAGACUUAAAGAAUAAAAAUAAAUUAACUUGUGGCUGAAUGAAUUGAGGCGAUGGGAGACAUUUCUGAUGAAACCGUUGUUACUGUAAUUAUUUAAUUAAUUAUUUAAUUUUAAUUUGUUUGUGUUUAUUAUUUUACAACCCUUCUUUUUUCAGUAUAUUUCAACAUUAACUGUUGUUAGAAUGGCCUGUUUUGUUUUGUGAAACACUUUGAGCUGCAUUUCUUAUUAUAUAAAUACAUAUUAUUUAUUAUCAUUUUCACUUUAUGGCUUUCCAGAACAUUUGGCCCAGUAUCUGCCGCCAGAGAAAAUGUCUAUUUAUGUCCACAUGGCGGCGCUGUCAGCCAGCUUGAUUGUGUGGAAGGCUAUUUCAUUAACAUGUGACACAAAGACCUUUUAGCCAUAUUAACAGCUCGUCCUGCUUCUUCCAAGGCAAACCUACUCCUGCGCACUUCAAUCAGUCAGAUGUAUACGUUGCGUUUCUUUCGUCCUCCAUGUGAGAUGCAGAGGAGUGAAGUUGGCACAGCGCCCACUGCAGUCCACACACCACACUGCUGAAAUCACGCAUCCCCCCCCCCCCCUCUACCGUGAGGCGCUCACCUGUUUUAAUUGGACUAUCGCGACAAGUUGCGCAAUGGACGUCGAUGCCACUGGUCGACCAAUUCCAAUCGUCUGAGGAGGAUAACUGAGGAGCACCGAAAAAGGACUGCAGUAGUCGCGCUACUGAGGGACGUGCUGCUCACCAGGCCGAUGAGACAAGUGUUGCAGUCCGCAGCGGAGCAGCGAGCACUAGGCGUCCUGUGAAUGGUUGCGGGACGGAGGGCUGUGAGCGGUGCGGCACGGCCAAGUGGUGCUAAAAAGCCUGGUGUAAUAAACCAAAUAAUUUGGCUGCAGAUCUGCUUCAUCUUUGAUCUCUUGCUUGAACAGGGGAGCGGGGACAUUGACUUCACGCGUGUGUUAAAAACAACUCUGGAAUCGGCCGCUCCUCGAAGGCAGUGCUGGACGCAGGAGACUCGGGAGACGCAGGAGCUGCUCCAUUCUUGACAUCGGCUGGUACGCGCUGAGGCCAUCAGCAUUGAAGCCUUUUUCUUCUCGCAAUUGGUCGGUGCGCCCCUGCGUUUGGAGCCAUGGGUUGUACAGUGAGCGCCGAGGAUAAGGCUGCCGCGGAGAGGUCAAAGAUGAUCGACAAAAACCUCCGAGAGGACGGGGAGAAGGCAGCCCGAGAAGUGAAACUGCUUCUGUUAGGUGCUGGGGAAUCUGGGAAGAGCACCAUUGUAAAGCAGAUGAAGAUCAUCCAUGAAGAUGGCUACUCAGAAGAUGAGUGCAAGCAGUACCGAGCAGUAGUUUAUAGUAAUACCAUCCAGUCCAUUAUGGCCAUUGUUAAAGCCAUGGCCAGUCUCAAGAUAGACUACAGCAGCCCUGGCAGAUUGGACGAUGCGCAGCAGCUUUUCGCCUUGUCUGCAGCUGCUGAAGAACAGGGCCUCUUUCCUGAUGAUCUGUCCAACGUGAUCAGGCGAUUGUGGGGGGACAGCGGCAUACAGAUUUGCUUUACACGGUCGCGAGAAUACCAACUCAACGACUCUGCAGCAUAUUACCUAAAUGACCUGGAGAGGAUAGCUAAAGCAGAUUACAUUCCUUCCCAGCAAGAUGUGCUGCGAACUCGGGUUAAGACCACUGGCAUUGUGGAGACUCACUUCACUUUCAAGGAACUGCACUUCAAAAUGUUUGAUGUUGGAGGCCAACGCUCCGAGAGAAAGAAGUGGAUCCACUGUUUUGAAGGAGUUACAGCCAUUAUUUUUUGUGUUGCACUGAGUGCUUAUGACCUGGUGCUGGCUGAGGAUGAGGAGAUGAAUCGAAUGCAUGAGAGCAUGAAGCUGUUUGACUCCAUCUGUAACAACAAGUGGUUCACUGAGACCUCCAUCAUCCUCUUCCUCAACAAGAAGGACCUCUUUGAGGAGAAGAUUACUCGCAGCCCCCUUACCAUCUGCUUUCCAGAAUACACAGGAGCCAACAAGUUUGAUGAAGCAGCAAGUUACAUUCAGACCAAGUUUGAGGACCUGAACAAGAAAAAGGACACCAAGGAGAUCUACACCCACUUCACCUGUGCCACUGACACCAAGAACGUGCAGUUUGUCUUUGACGCCGUCACUGACGUCAUUAUUAAGAACAACCUAAAAGACUGUGGUCUUUUCUAAAGGGCAAUGCCUGACGCACACAGACUGCAUGAGAGACUGCAACAGCCAUAUGAUGAUUACUGCUUUUCAUAAUGAAAACCAUAACAGACUUGAUUCCUAAAGGGGAAACCUUAAAGACCUUUAGGUCAUGGUAGGCGUCUAGGCCAUGUCCUCUUCACCCUCCUCUUCAAACUCCCCCUCUUCCUCAGCAGUGGCCUCCUGGUACUGCUGGUACUCGGACACCAGGUCAUUCAUGUUGCUCUCAGCCUCCGUGAACUCCAUCUCGUCCAUGCCCUCAAUCAGUUGUGUUCAUAUUCCUUUUAUAUAUACAUUUCUUACUGGUCUUGGUGUUCUCAUACUAUUCAUACUGAGUGCCUGUAAAUAUACAUUUGACCAAGGACCCCUUACUGGUUUGUAAAUUACAUUUGUAACCCAAGUAAUAUUAUACAAGUGGAAGAUAAUUGUUGGAAGAGGAAAACAUCAUUAUAAUAAGCCAUUUUCUUAUCAUGCAACUUGGCAAAUGAAAAUUCAGAAAAAUAAAAAUAUUUUUCAUCCUCAAAAGGCCUUCAAGAACCAAUUUGAGAACCACUUGUACACUGUAUUUAUCUCUACAGAGCUCUCGGGUUGUUUUUGGUUUUCAUUUGACUUCAUUUGCUUUUGCAGUUUAGUAAGAAGAUACAGUACAAAAACAACUUUUUAUAACAUUAACUUCUGUUAACUAAUGUUGGCAUUUUAUGAACCUUUUGACCCUAGAGCUUAUUUUUGGAAGAAAACAAACAAGCAUGAGAACGAGAUGGAUAAAGGGAAAGUGUUUUUUUGUACAAUGUUUACACAGAAUCAAUAUUCACAGAUGUAUUAUAUUGCAUUGUCCUGCAUGACCGUCCAUAGAUUAGCUUGUACCCUCCACAAACUGAAUAACAUUCCUAAGUAACUUCUUUGAAGAAAUAAAACAGAAAUGCUUAUGUGUCACUUUUAAGAAAUCUGCAAGAUUUGUAAGUGCUUAUGUCUGUUCCUAACAUGUAUUGUUUUGUGGUAUUUGUUCCAUUCCAAGUCUUUUUACAUGUUUGUGCCUUGAUAUCUGUUUACACUUGUUCUUUAGAGACAUGCCAUCUCCAUAGUGUGAAUUAGGGCUAUUUAUACUCCACUGCAGUUCACAUAAUGAUUUAAGUUGCAUCACAACACAGAGACAAAUGGAUGAUAGUCAGUCACUAAUGUUAAGAUAAUAGUAAUUCACUUGUUAAAUGUAAAUAAAAGUUUACUCGCAUGA